CUCGUGCAGUUUAAUGAAUACUUACUUACAUACAUAUGCAUGCAAAUAAAUAAGUGAAACCGACAUUUUUUAAUUGUUUGCUGAAUAAAAUCGAGUACUAGCAGAAAAUUUGCAACAACAACAGAAAAGUUGAUUAUUUCAUUUAAAAUUUGUAAGAAGACAACGGAAAGGGAAGCCACCGAACAGCUGCAGUUUUAAUUUUAAAACCUACUUGAAAGCUUGAAUUCGGGAGAUAUAAUACAAAAACAUCUUGAUGCACGCAGAGAGGGGUAUAACAAACCGAUCUGGUUAAAAAAUAUAUGUAUAAAACCUAAUUCUACGCAUUAUUCGAUACUUAUUGGAAUACAUACCCACAUCGUGUUACGUUACGGCAAGUGAAAUUUUAUUUAUUUUUAUCUCACACAGUGUCUUGUCCUCUGCCAACACAUCCCUAUCGCUGUUAUGUUAAUCAAUACGAUUUUACAUGAAAAUGCUACGCGUUUUGGUGAUGCUGAUGUACCAAAGAAAUUAUUAAUAACAAAUGAUAAAAUUGUAGCUAUAACAAAAAAAAAUUCCAAAAAAUUAGAAGUGAAAACGCUUACCAAUCAGCUGCAUGAUUGCUUGAAUAGCGAACAGCAACGAAUGGCAAAUAAAAUGAAAGAGACUAUUUAUGCAAGUGUACCAUCUGUUGGAUCUUACGUGGAUAUGUUGCAACAUCAAAGAGAUUCGAGGCAACAACAUGCCUGCUGGUCUCACCCAAAACAAGCACAAAUAGGAUGCGUGAAGUGUCAAAGAGCUGCCGCUGCCGCCGCGACCGCUACGACAAUGGCAACAACGACGACGAUGACAACCAGAGUUGCGGUAGGCGGCAUCGACGAUGAUAAUGUGGAUGUGGAUGUGGAUGUGGAUGAGGAUAAUGAAAAUGAUUCUGAUUCUGAUUCUGUUUGUGAUCCGGACUCCGUUGAGUUAGAUAAUUGUACAGACAGUGAUGGUGAUGAUGUCAGCUCUGGCAUUAACAGUAAGGCAGUUACAGAAAAUGUUUCUAUCGAUAACGAAGUGACAACGGUUUUGAAUGGUGCUACUUUUAGUAAAAUUAUGAAAAAUAUUGCAAAUAAUAAUAAUAAUAAUAAUAAAAAUAAUAAUGCUAGUGAUUCCUCUAAUAAUUGCAAAGAAAAACUUGCAAACGCUUAUAAUGAUAGCGUAAAUCACAGUGCUGCUGUUAGUAAAGAUUAUGCGAAAAAUGUUAGUUAUAAUGACAACUAUAGUAGUAGUAGUAAUAAUAAUAAUAAUGUAGUAAUUAGUGACUGUUGUCCAAAAAUCGCAACCAUAAGUUUAAGCCAAAGUAGUAAUAUAACUGACCGUAGCGUAAAAACAGAAACCAAAGUAGAAGCAAAACAAAAAGCAAACUCUUCAAUUGCAACAAGCAUACAAACUGCUGAUGAUGCUUUAAAAAAUAGUGAAUCGCUAACAAGUGAUGUACUUGCUUUCGCGCGUGCGCAACUCCUUAGCUUUUGGCUAGCAUUCGUUGCAUUUUGUGAUGCAGUUACUAUUAAACAUGACGAUCCACGUUUCGUAGAGGCUCGUAGGCGACAGGAACAGGAAAACAAAAGAAAAGAACAUGAAAAGAAAAGCGACACCGGGUCACAUGCGCCGCAAGACAAUGAAAAUGAUGCUUCCAAAACAAAACCGUCUCGGCAUUUUAAGCUGCUGACAAAUCGUAAAUUAAUAUUUCUCUUCAUCGUCUGUGUAUUCUUCUCCUGUUUGCAUCGCAUUGAAGGCCGUCCGAAUAGUUUGGUGCAAGAAAAUUCGAUUGCAGUUGGACUUACCGCGACUAUGCCUACACCAGCCGCAGUUAUUGCGGCUACGACUGCAACAGACGCGUCACAGAGCGACAGUGGUGUGACGCCUGCGCAAUUGACGGAUUACUUCUGUAUUAGCCUCAUUUGGGUACCGGGCCACCGCGACAUUGUUGAAAAUUGCAUGGCUCACGAAUUGGCUAGAAAAGGUUUUCAUAUGACACCAAAAUUACAUCUCAUUUUCCCGGAAUCCUGUUUGCUGAUAGUUGUUGGUGUUAUUAUUGGUUUUGUUCUCUACUUCUGCACUGAUGUCGCCGUCUCGCCACUCACACCAAACACAUUCUUCUUCUACAUGCUACCACCGAUUAUUCUGGAUGCUGGCUACUUCAUGCCAAAUCGUUUAUUCUUCGACAAUUUGGGCACAAUUCUGUUAAUGGCUGUGGUCGGCACUGUAUUCAAUACGGCAACAAUAGGUCUUUCACUUUGGGGUUGCGGUUUGACUGGCAUGUUUGGUCCUGAAGUUCCACGAUUUCUGGACACAUUCCUGUUUGCUGCCUUAAUUUCUGCUGUUGAUCCGGUAGCUGUUUUGGCAGUUUUUGAAGAGAUUCACGUCAAUGAAGUACUAUAUAUUGUUGUAUUUGGUGAAUCACUGUUAAACGAUGCUGUGACGGUCGUUAUGUAUCAUAUGAUGGAAGUAUACAACGAAAUCGGCAUAUCUGAGAUAAUUCCUCAAGAUAUUGCCAGCGGCGUAGGUUCCUUCUUUGUUGUUGCCAUUGGUGGUACUGUUAUUGGCAUAAUUUGGGGCUUCCUAACCGGUCUAGUGACUCGUUUCACCGAUCAUGUGCGUGUCAUUGAACCGAUCUUCAUCUUUGUAAUGGCAUAUUUGGCUUAUCUUAAUGCGGAAAUAUUCCACAUGAGUGGCAUUUUAGCCAUAACCUUCUGUGGCAUUACAAUGAAAAACUAUGUUGAAGCGAAUAUUUCGCAAAAAUCGCAUACAACAAUAAAAUAUGCACUGAAAAUGUUAUCCAGUUCAUCGGAAACAAUUAUAUUCAUGUUCCUCGGUGUGGCAACAGUCAAUAAUAAUCACGUGUGGAACACUGCCUUUGUGCUGUUGACUAUUACAUUCUGUUCGGUGUAUCGUGUUUUUGGAGUUGUGAUAUUAUCUGCAUUGGCGAAUCGUUUCCGAUUGCACAAGUUGUCACGUGUCGAUCAAUUUGUUAUGUCCUAUGGCGGUUUGCGUGGUGCGGUCGCCUUUGCAUUGGUGCUGUUGGUGGACGAGCGUAUCGUGAAACAAAAGGAUAUGUAUGUAACAACCACAAUAGCUGUGAUUUAUUUCACUGUUUUCCUGCAAGGCAUAACGAUAAAACCGCUGGUGAAGUUGUUGAAAGUGAAGCGUGCAAGCAAGAAAAAGCCAACAAUGAAUGAACGCAUACAUGAGCGGUUUAUGGACCACUUGAUGGCUGGUAUUGAAGAUAUAAUUGGCAAGACUGGCAACUACAAUGUGCGGGAUAAGUUCAAACGUUUCGACAACCGCUUCAUCAGGCCGCUUGUGAUAAGAGAUUUAAAGGGUGCUGAACCGAAAAUCAUAGAAACCUAUUCGAAACUUACAAUGCGUGAUGCUAUGGAAGUGAUGCGCCGCAAUCCGUCUACCAUCGGACAAAUAACGGCCACCGAAUCGAUGAGUGCUCUCUUCAGAAAUUACACCAGUAAUUGUAUUGGUGGAAGGUGGGCACCACCAACUAUUUACACAACAUGUCCAAGCCUUACGAAUCUGGACAAUAGUUGCUCACGCAAUCUCGAUAUGCAUGAGUUGGAUUAUAAUCCGUCGAAAAAAGAUUUGACAGAUGCAAAAAUACAUCAUCUACUUGCCGAGGAGCUGAAACCGUAUCGAAGGCACCGCCGCCUUAGUUAUAGCCGACACGCAGUAGAUGACAGAGAUUUGUCUACGCAGGUGAAUUACAAAAUGCAAAUGAAUUUCCGACGUAUGUUCAACGAUCGGAAACAUCACAAGCGCAGCAAACGUGCCAGUAAUAAGCAACAAGAUGGUGUUAAACAAAAUCAUGUCUCAUUCCACGACUUCCAACAGAACGGGACAACGAAACAAUUCUCGCAUGGAGAAGAAAAUCUGGGCAAACUGAACGAGGUGACAGUUGUGAGUGGCGAUGAUUGGGAUGAUGGCUUAACAUUUACGGCGAAAUCCUCACCGGACUCGGAUCGUGCCAAUAAUAACUCCCUUAUAGCACACAUACAGAAUUUACCCGGUUUCGAUGCAUCAAAGGCGCGCAUCGUCCAACACUACUCCGCACCGAAAAGUGAAAACGGCAGCCCUGAGAAAUUAUUAACGCCCGAUAUGGGCCCGACAGCGGCCGAAUCGAUAUUGCCAUGGCGACGGGAUCGUUCCUACCAAUGCAUUGUUGCUGAAAAUCCCAUACCUGAGGAAGAUCACAAUAUCUCUCGUGAUUCAGAUGGUGAACGCCGUGUGGCAACACCCACCGCCACCGAGUCGCAGCUACCCUGGAAGCGACAGGGUGAUGAGUUGUCAGAUGCUGUGCAACAAAACGAGUUUCCCGCCUGGGCUUCAAAUAAGGAGUAUCUGGCGUACAACUCACCCAGCGCCACAUUUUUAGGUGGUAUCAAUAAACCUAAACAGCCCAAGUCUGUCAUAGGUUUAUUCCGGCGUGAGAGUUGCGGUUCGAAGGGUGGCAGCAGUCUAUUUGAUCCCUUAGACGGUCUUGGUUCAGCACGUGGCUCUGAUCCCACACUGGCGAAUGCUUUGAUUAGUGGUUUACCAAUGCUGCCAUUGAUACAGCCGCCACAUUCAAAUCCCCGCCUUGAUAAGCGUUCCCAAUCGAUUUCAGUCGCCUCAUCAGGCGGCAACAACAGUAUCGGCGUAAAUAUUGGUGACAUGGCUCAUGCUGGUCCCUUCCCGGUUACGGCCAGCCAUCGACGCAAUGUACGCCGCGGCUCAAUGUUGGAGUUAAGUGGAGACAUUAUCCCCGAGGAGACCUAUCAGCACGGUCAUUCCAAGUCCUUGUGUGAGCCAACCGGCGAUGAUUGGGACAACGCCGUUUUGACAACGCGCGAACGUACUACAAGCGGCAGUAGCAAUGGCACUGGACGUGAACCACUCCUACCCAAAUUAACGCCACGUGCACAGAUUCGACGCAUGGUUGGUAGCAGCAGUGGUGUUGUUGGUGGCAGUAGUGGUCUAAUCGGCGGUGGUGGUGGUGGCGGUAUGCGCAACCAAGUGACCACCGCACUACUCUCCACAUCAAAUUCGGAAUAUGAUGAUGAUGAAGAUGAGGAUAUUGAUUUAUAUGAUGAUGAGAGCAUUGUUGUGACAACUUUGACAAGCGGCAGUAGUGGUGGUGGUGGUGGUGGCGUCGGCGCUGGUGGUCGAAAUCGUAGUGGUAGCGGUGGGAGUGCUGGCGCAAGUGGUAGUAGUGGCGCUAGUGGUAGUAGCGGCAAUACAACAACAACUAUACGCCUAAUGCGCAACAAUGAUGAGAGUAUCAUUUGAGAUCGUCGACGUGCGCAGCUAUAACGGCGACUAUUUGCCAGCAGAGGCGGCGGCGGCGGCAGCGGCAGCGGCAGUUGUAGCAGCGGCAGUAGUGGCACUAGCAGAAGUCAACAGCGGCAUUUAAGCCGUUGGGCAUUCAAGUAUGAAAUGUUGCAAUGAGUGGAAUGAUGAGGGGAGAUGACUAGUAUGUACUUAUGUGUAUAAUAAAAGUUGCCAAUAAAGCCUGCUAAGCGAA